GUCAAUCACCUUAGUCAUUUGUCGAACACUCCAUUUUUGUGUACACCCCCACCCCCACACAACCGAUCAGUUCCCUCCAGGCAUCUCGUCCCCCUCCGCGACACCCUGGUCCAUCCCAACUCCCCCCCCCCCCCCCCAAAUCCAGGCCUCCCGAGUAAUGCACUACUCCGCUUAGGGCUAUCGCAGGUUGCUAGCCGUGUUCAUCUCCCGUGCAGGCACAAACAGUGCAACGGAGCAAACGGGGCCACAUGGCCGUUCGCUCCCGGUCUCCUUUUGACGUAUCGCAAGGAACGCUCCUCUCCUGCAUAACUCUGGGCCUUGGCUGACGCUGAGAUCUCUCUUUUUGUCUGGCCACGAUGGACCAGCCCGCCAGGCAAGGGAAGAGCAGCGCGUCAUCCCGUCAAGCUCCCUGUCCAAAAAAGCCAAUCCCUGCUAACGACUUACCCUCCUUUACGUUUAUCGAUCACGAUGACAACUUAGCUUCUAAACGCAUCAAGGAUGCGAACGCCAGAAAGGCGAUUCGAUCCCAUGUAAUGCGCGACGUACGCCGGCGAGAACGACUUGCCGGCUUAAAACGGGUUUCUAAAAGAGACAAAAAGGUUCAGGCAAGCCCCGAUGCCAAAUCUCCCGAAUCCGGUAGACAGUUACUACGGCCCCGUUCGGGUGCACCCCUUGGUGUUGGGUCAACUAUUGUAAUACCCACAAGGUCAAGAAAACCUCCCUCAUGGAAUCCACCCAUUAUUGGCUCCCUGUCGGACCACGUUCCGAGCCCGUUCUCGGAACCGGGGGUAUCGUACUUUGAUCCCUUCUGGAGCCUACCCGGCUUUGAUGACAUCAAACCCGUUGUUGACAGGCUUAUGAAGCAUUGCAAAGUGGCGCUUGUAAUGCUACCGAUGACGUUCCCGGUCGAGGCGAGACAUCCUAAAGAAGCCCACACCAGGAUAGGACUCUUUGUCGCGAAUGCAAUGGCUGAGCCUGGGCCAUUUUUCUCGAAUCUAUGCCUGGCCGCGGCACACAAAGCCAUUCUGCGUACGGAGAUCGUUGAUUAUUCGCAGAUGGACAACAGGGUUGUGCCUGAGGCAGAUCUAUAUGUCAUGAAGGCGCAGGCCCUUAGGGAAAUGAACAAAAAGCUACACAAUCCUGAGACCGCUGCAGAUUCCGCGGCCUUCGAGACUGUCAUAUUUUUAAUAUCUGCUGCUGUAACGAUUGGAUUGUUUAAUGAGGCUCAAAUGCAUUUUGAGGGUGUGAAGAAGAUGGUGGAAUCCAGAGGAGGAAUUGGGUCGCCGAGCUUCGAAGCAACUCGCACUCUCGGCGGUGUUUUGCUGUGCGACGUUAAAAUUGCAUGCGGACUGUUGCGUCGUCCAUACUACCCGAUAACGUGGGAUAUACAGCCAAUGUCCCCUGCUCUUGCGUCCCGAAUAGCUCCCGCUAAAAAGUCCCCUUUAAACCGGGUAACGUCUAGGUUACAGAACAGUCCCUACCUCAGCGAUACGUUGAAGGCAGUAAUUGCAAAAAUACGUGAGAUGGUGCUUCUUGAGAAUUUUAACCGCGAAGACUCCAUAGGCCUUACGAGUGAAGAGCUUGAGUUUUACCGCCUUCGUGUCCAUGAACUAGAGCACGAGCUCCUGGAUUAUCCCUAUCGGAUAUUCAGCAAGGCCGGCACCAAGAACGAUGCCACCAUACCCCCGGUAGAAAACGUUGCCCGCUUAGCUUGUAUCUGCUACAUUAGCACCGGUUGCGUAGUUGCACCGCCCAAUUCCGGCGUUGGAAGAGCCAUAACAACCCAUGUAAAGGCGGUUCUUGAGAGGUGUCCACCGGACAGGCCGACUAGACUGGGUGAUGAUGUACUCGACCUCUUAGCUUGGGCUGCCUUCCUCGGUGCCUUUCAAGCAGGCGACCAGUUGGAGCGUCCGUGGUUUUUGCAUAGAAUUAGGCAUAUCGCGAUGCUACGGGGCUGGAAGGACUGGAACAAAGUCGAGGAUGUGCUUCGUGGGCAUAUUUAUGUGCCUCAUUGCCAUUUGGGAUUUUGGAGAAGGAUAUGGAACGAUGCUAUGACUAUUUCGGUGGUUUUUGAAGAGGAUACUGAAAUCAAAAACGAAUAG